AUGUGCUACUACGGCGGCUACUAUGGGGGCCUGGGCUAUGGCUAUGGCUCUGGUUAUGGCUGUGGAUGCGGCUGUUUCCGUGGUCUAGGCUAUGGCUAUGGAGGCUGUGGCUAUGGAGGCCUGGGCUAUGGAGGCUAUGGCUGUGGCUGUGGAGGCUAUGGCUAUGGAGGCUAUGGCUAUGGAUGCUGCCGUCCAUCUUGUUAUGGAAGAUAUUCUUCUUAUGGCUUCUACUGA